UCAUAUUCCUCGCUACCCAUGUCGCGUCAAUCAGUUGCUCCAGGACGUGCUUCCUACGCUGCAGGCUCAAAUACAGCCAACUCUGCGGCAGCGAUGGCCAAAUUUCUCGAGAAGAAGAAGGAAUUUGACGCGGUUUCCGCCUUACACAAAGCCUCUACUCUCUAUCUUCAACGCAUCGAAGGUCUUGCUGAGGACUGUGAAACAAUGGCCGAUUCAGGCCAAAUCCAUGGGGAAGUACUUGAACAAUGGCCGAGGAUGUUUCAAAUUCUCAAUCUGUUCUUGGCAGGCAAGGGAGAUCCUUCUGAGGACACUGCAGAGUCCCUAGCCAACUCAGAUCCCAGCCAACAACGCUUAGUUCGCAUCUUCACGGAUUCGCUUCUCGCGACCAGUGAGGAAGACCGUGCCACUCUCUGA